CCUUGAGGUUUUACUGUCUUCAUUUUCUGUUUAGGCACUCCUAUUCAGAAUUCUGUAAAAGAUUUGUGGUCUCUUAUUUCCUUCUUAAAACUGAAACCUUUUACUGAUUGAGAGCGGUGGCACAGAACAAUUCAACGUCCAGUCACAAUGGGAGCUCCAGGAGGACUUUGGUAUGAAGUGUUCCCAAAGGAGGAGAGACAAAUCUACCAGUCUGUGAAGAAUGAGGGCAAAGCUACUAUUAGCAGAUUUUUCAGCGAAGGGAAUGUACUAGCUCAUUAUGCUGACGUCCUUGGUGUUCUGCUCAGAUUAAGACAGAUUUGUUGUCAUCCUCAUCUUUGUAUAAAUACCUCUGCUAGUUUUUCAAGUGAUAAUAGAACUCCCGAAGAACUGCAUGUGAGAUUAGAGAGUAAAAUGAAGUUGGUUCUGAGCUCUGGUUCAGAUGAAGAAUGCGCAGUUUGCUUGGAAUCAUUGACUCUUCCUGUGAUAACGCACUGUGCCCCUGUGUUUUGUAAACCAUGUAUUUUUGAAGUCCUCAGAAAUGAACAGCCAAAUGCCCUCUGUAGGAAUGAACUUCAAGUAGAGCACUUGGUGGAAUGUCCCCUAGAAGAGGAAAUAGACUCCAGUAGUGGAAAGAAACCUGAUCGGGAGUGGAUAUCCAGUUCAAAGAUAAAUGCUCUUAUGCAUGCUUUGAUAGAACUGCAGAGGGAUAAUCCAGCUGCUAAAUGUCUCGUUGUUUCUCAAUUCACAACUUUCCUGUCACUGAUAGAAAAUCCCUUGAAAGAAUCAGGGUUUGCCUUUACUCGUUUGGAUGGGUCAAUGGCACAGAAGAAAAGAGUGGAAGCAAUUCGGUGUUUCCAAAGCAACCAAGCAGGGUCUGCAACUAUAAUGCUUUUGUCUCUGAAAGCGGGUGGAGUUGGAUUAAAUCUGACAGCAGUCCGAGUGUUUUUAAUGGAUUCCGCUUGGAAUCCUGCUGCAGAAGACCAGUGUUUUGACAGGUGUCACAGGCUGAGUCAGAAGCAUAAUGUUGUUAUUACUAAGUUCAUUGUGAAGGAUUCAGUGGAGGAAAAUAUUCUGAAAAUUCAGAACAAGAAGAGGGAACUUGCAGCAGGAGCCUUUGCUACCAAAAAGCCUUCAGCAAGUGAUGUGAAACAAAACAAAAUUAAUGAAAUUAAGGCUCUGAUUGAUUUAUAGCUUCAUCCUGUGGUAUUUUCAGUAAAUAAUAUAUUUAAUGUUUUAGAUGAUACUUUUCUUCAAGUUAUAUGUUCCAUGCUAACUUUCAAUUUUGCUCUCUUUGUGCUCAAAAUAUAAAUGCUUCAAAUAAAUUAUAAAAACUAAUUUGCUCCUAAAUGUUAAUUUAGAAGCACACAAACUCCUGAAAUUAUUCCAGUGUUCAUUUCCUCAAAAGGUUCAUUUCUUCAAAAGGUUGCUUAUUACGUUCAAUGCUUAAGAAUACGUAGAAGUCCCUCAAAAUGGAAAUGUGUAUUGAUACAUUCUAACUUGUAAGCAUUUAAUCUCUUUUUAGAGGUGAAAAAGUAUAAAAGGUACGUAGUAUGUGUUUUCUCCUUCAGACAAAACUCUUUAGAGAUGAAUUAGUUUCGUGUUUCUGUCUCAAUGUUGCCUGAUAAACAAACAGAUCAUCUGGAUUGUUUGUUUCAGAACAGGUGGUCAGUGACACUUUGUAAGGAAUUUUUACUUUUGCAGGCUAUGUCCAAAGAUGGUAUUUAGUUAAAAAUUUUAAAAUAUUUUGUACUGUUUCUGAAUAAUAUACAGGUGCAGCAGGGAGUCCCUCUGUUGAUUACUUCACAGGACCUAGUAAAAAGGAAGUACUUCAGUUUGUAAAACACUUUCUUUUAAUAUUUUACUUCUCUUUAGAAGAAUUCCAAUGAUUUUUAUAAAAGUGAAGGUUUUUUUGUUUGGAUAAAGUGCUAGAAUCACAGGCAUGUAUUGAUAACGUGCUAUCUGGUAAUUUCAGUAGACACUUUGAACAGUAAGACUGUGCUAUAUUCAAAGUAGAUUAUAACCCACUCACAUGCCAGUGAAUCAGUACAAUAAAUUGUAUCAAUUUGUAUAAUUGUACAAUAAUUUAAACAAAUUAUUUUAAUAGCUGCCAGCUUUCUAACAGUUUUCUUGUACUGCUUUUCCUCUUGUAGUGGAAAAACUAUGUGUUUUUCACUUCCAUACAUAUGUCUUUAUGGAAUGCUGGUCUGCAUGCUGCGUGAUUUAAGGAGGAAGAAUUUGGUAAGCUACUCAUGUUCAGGUACCACAAACUAAUAAAUAGCCCUGAAGAAUCUCA